AUGUUUGCAUUACUACGGUUUAAAAAUCCAAAAGUCGGUCUACCCACGUUAACUUCAGGUCGUGGUACGUGGAGCAUGAAAAAUUCGAAUCUGAAAUACUUUUCCCUUUCAAGUCGCCUGCAGUCAAAUGUUUAUAAUCUAAGCAACGGAAUUUCUAAUACUAAUCAUAAUUUGUUUUGGCAUCCAAAGAAUCUUAAACCGGCACUUUUUUCUAGAACGAAUGACCUACUUUUCAAAUAUAACUUGCACCAAGGAGUUGCUUUCUUCCAUACAUCUCGUGUUUCUUCUGUUUCUGAAUUGUCUCCCCGCAGAAGAGUUCCCGAUAUUUCUGAAUUCUCUCCAAAUAGCAAACGUAUUCCAUCUCUCUUUGCUUUUUUUUGUGUUGUGUGGGCUGCAUGUGCCUUUUAUGCCAUUCAUUAUGGUAAACAAAACUCCAAUGUUACACAAAUUGUAAUGUAUCGAGUACAACAUUCUAAUGAAGCAUUGAUACUUCUAGGCGAUAAUAUCCAAUUUAGAUACCCAUUCCCUUGGAUUAAAGGUAAACUUCAUAAACGAUAUGGUAUAAUAGAUAUAUCCUUUGAAGUAACCGGCUCUCAAAACUUGGGUGUUGUUCAUUACAAGAGUCAACGCUUUGGCCCUAUACCUCAUUGGGUUGAGUUGGAAUGCUCUUUGACUUCUAAUGGAAAGACAAUUCCUCUUGGCUCUUUAGACCAUGAUAAUCAAUGGUGA